CGCGCUGCGCGACCCGAGUCUCGGACGGCGCGGCAGGCACCGGGAGCGGACCGCGGCCGCGUAGUGAGCAAUGGCCUGAGCCCCCAUGGCUGCCCCUCAGGACCUGGACAUCGCUGUGUGGCUGGCCACGGUGCACCUGGAGCAGUAUGCAGACACGUUCCGAAGGCAUGGCCUGGCUACAGCGGGUGCAGCCCGGGGCCUGGGCCACGAGGAGCUGAGGCAGUUGGGCGUCAGUGCCACAGGUCACCGGAAACGCAUUCUGCGCCUGCUGCAGGCAGGUGCUGCAGAGGGCUCCCUGGAUUCCCAGUUGGACAGUGCCAUGGAGCCAUCCCCUAGCCUAGCCCCCCAAGCCCAGCCCCCCAAGCCUGUGCCUAAGCCCAGGACCGUAUUUGGUGGGCUCAGUGGUCCUACCACCACCCAAAGACCGGGAGUGAGUCCAGCCGUCUGGAGACCAGAAGUGUCCAGGAGCCUGGAGUCCAGCCCGAGGUCCCCUCCUCUCCCCACCUCCUCCUCUGAGCAGACUUCAGCCUUGAAUACUGUGGAAAUGAUGCCAAAUGCCAUCUACUUUGGCCUGGACUUAAGAGGCGGGGCACAGACAACUCAGGACAUGGCCCCAGAUGGCUCCCAGGCAGCUGCCCCUACCCCUGCCCUCAGGCCCACAACAGGCACAGUACACAUCAUGGACCCUGGUUGCCUGUACUACGGUGUCCAGCCUGUGGGGGUCCCAGGGCCACCUGACAGAAGAGAAGGCAGAGCUGUCUGUCAGGACAGGGCUGAAAACAGGCUCAGCAGGCAGGAUCUGGAAGCACGGGAGGAUGCUGGCUAUGCCAGCCUUGAGCUGCCUGGGGAUUCCACCCUCUCACUGCCCACUCUGGACAUGGAGAUGAAUGAUGACCUCAUUUCACCCUAUGCCAGCUUCUCUUCCACAGCAGACCGCCCCACACCCCUGCUCAGUGGAUGGCUAGACAAGCUCUCCCCUCAGGGAAACUACGUUUUCCAGAGGCGCUUUGUGCAGUUCAAUGGCAGGAGUCUGAUGUACUUUGGCAAUGAUAAGGAUCCCUUCCCCAAGGGUGUGAUCCCUCUGACUGCCAUUGAGAUGACCCGCAGCAGCAAGGACAACAAGUUCCAGGUCAUCACUGGCCAGAGGGUGUUUGUGUUUCGCACAGAGAGUGAGGCCCAGCGGGACACAUGGUGCUCCACACUGCAAUCCUGCCUGAGGGAGCAGCGCCUCCUGGGCCACCCCCGGCCCCCUCAGCCGCCCCGACCCCUCCGCACAGGCAUGCUGGAGCUUCGCGGACACAAGGCCAAGGUUUUUGCUGCUUUGAGCCCUGGAGAGCUGGCCCUGUACAAGAGUGAGCAGGCCUUUUCUUCGGGCAUCGGGAUCUGCUUCAUUGAACUGCAAGGAUGCAGCGUAAGGGAGACCAAGAGUCGCAGCUUUGAUCUGCUCACGCCCCAUCGCUGCUUCAGCUUCACAGCCGAGUCUGGGGGUGCUCGGCAGAGCUGGGCGGCCGCUCUGCAGGAAGCAGUAACCGAGACCCUGUCUGACUACGAGGUGGCUGAGAAAAUCUGGUCCAAUCGGGCAAACCGGCACUGUGCGGACUGUGGCGCCUCCCGCCCAGACUGGGCUGCUGUCAACCUGGGGGUGGUCAUCUGCAAGCAGUGUGCAGGUCAGCACCGAGCCCUGGGUUCUGGGAUCUCCAAAGUACAGAGCCUGAAGCUGGACACAAGUGUGUGGAGUAAUGAGAUAGUGCAGUUGUUCAUUGUCCUGGGAAAUGAUCGCGCCAACCGCUUCUGGGCAGGGGCAUUGCCCCCAGGUGAGGGGCUGCAUCCAGAUGCAAGCCCUGGCCCCCGGGGAGAGUUCAUCUCCCGGAAGUACCGACUGGGUCUCUUCCGGAAGCCCCACCCUCAGUAUCCAGAUCAUGGACAGCUUCUCCAGGCACUGUGUGCAGCUGUGGCAGGACCCAACCUGCUGAAGAACAUGACCCAGCUCCUCUGUGUUGAGUCCUCUGAGGGCGAAGAGCCCUGGUCCCCCUCAGCACCUGAUGGCAGCUUCUCUGGUCUCCCGCUCCCAGACCCUUCCCCUGGUGUGUACAAUGAGGUGGUGGUACCUGCCACUUACAGCAGCUUCCUGUACUGUGGUCCCAUCAGCAACAAAUCUGGACCCCCACCUACUCGCAAAGGCCGGGAUGCUCCCCCCCGACUGUGGUGCGUGCUGAGAGCAGCCCUGGAAAUGUUUGUGUCAGAAAGCAGCCCUGAACCCCUCAGCCUCAUCCAGCCCCAAGAUGUUGUAUGUCUGGGUGUGAGUCCCCCACCCACUGACCCAGGUGACCUCGACAGGUUCCCCUUUUCCUUUGAGCUCAUCCUCACCGGGGGGAGGAUCCAGCAUUUUGGCACAGAUGGAGCUGACAGCCUGGAGGCCUGGACCAGUGCUGUGGGCAAAUGGUUCUCCCCGCUGAGCUGUCACCAGCUGCUGGGCCCUGGGCUGCUGCGGCUGGGCCGCCUGUGGCUGCGCUCUCCCACCCAUUCAGCUCUGGCCUCUGGCCUCUGGCUGUCAGGGUUCGGGCUUCUUCGUGGUGACCACCUCUUCCUGUGUCCAGCACCGGGCCCUGGCCCUCCAGCCCCUGAGGACAUGGUGCAUUUACGGCGGCUACAGGAAAUCAGUGUGGUUUCAGCAGCUGACACCCCAGAUAAGAAGGAGCAUUUGGUCCUGGUGGAAACAGGAAGGACCCUGUAUCUGCAGGGGGAGGGCCGGCUGGAUUUCUCAGCAUGGACCGCAGCCAUUGAAGGGGCCGCUGGCGGGGGCGGCACAGGGCUGCAAGAGCAGCAGAUGAGCCGGGGUGACAUCCCCAUCAUCGUGGAUGCCUGCAUCAGUUUUGUCACCCAGCAUGGGCUCCAGCUGGAGGGCAUAUACCGGAAAGGGGGUGCCCGCGCGCGUAGCCUUCGGCUCCUGGCUGAGUUCCGGCGGGAUGCCCGGUCAGUGAAGCUCCGGCCAGGGGAGCACUUCGUGGAGGAUGUCACCGAUACGCUCAAACGCUUCUUUCGAGAGCUCGAUGACCCUGUGACUUCUGCACGGUUGUUGCCUCGCUGGAGGGAGGCUGCUGAGCUACCCCAGAAGAAUCAGCGCCUGGAGAAGUACAAAGAAGUGAUUGGCUGCCUACCACAGGUUAACCGCCGAACGCUGGCAACCCUCAUCGGCCAUCUCUAUCGGGUGCAAAAGUGUGCUGCUAUAAACCAGAUGUGCACGCGGAACUUGGCCCUGCUGUUUGCACCCAGUGUGUUCCAGACAGAUGGGCGGGGGGAACAUGAGGUGCGGGUGCUGCAGGAACUCAUCGAUGGCUACAUCUCUGUCUUUAAUAUUGACUCUGACCAGGUAGCUCAGAUUGACUUGGAAGUCAGUCUUAUCACCACCUGGAAGGAUGUACAGCUGUCCCAGGCUGGAGACCUCAUCAUGGAGGUUUAUAUAGAACAGCAGCUUCCAGACAACUGUGUCACCCUGAAGGUGUCUCCGACACUCACUGCUGAGGAGCUGACUAACCAGGUAUUGGAGAUGAGGGGGACAGAGGCUGGGAUGGACUUGUGGAUGACAUUUGAGAUUCGUGAGCACGGGGAACUUGAGCGGCCCCUGCACCCCAAGGAAAGGGUCCUAGAGCAGGCUCUUCAAUGGUGCCAGCUCCCAGAGCCCUGCUCGGCCUCCUUGCUCUUGAGAAAAGUCUCCCUGGCCCAGGCCGGCUGCCUCUUCACAGGUAUCCGGCGUGAGAGCCCAAGGGUGGGUCUGCUGCGAUGUAGGGAGGAGCCUCCCCGCUUACUGGGAAACCGCUUCCAGGAGAGGUUCUUUCUGCUGCGUGGUCGCUGCUUGCUGCUGCUCAAGGAAAAGAAGAGCUCUAAACCAGAACGAGAGUGGCCUCUGGAAGGUUCCAAAGUCUACCUGGGAAUCCGAAAGAAGUUAAAACCUCCAACACCGUGGGGCUUCACACUGAUACUGGAGAAGAUGCACCUCUACCUGUCCUGCACUGAUGAGGAUGAGAUGUGGGACUGGACCACCAGCAUCCUAAAAGCCCAGCACGAUGACCAGCAGCCAGUGGUCUUACGACGCCAUUCCUCCUCUGACCUUGCCCGUCAGAAGUUUGGCACCAUGCCUUUGCUGCCCAUCAGAGGGGAUGACAGCGGGGCCACCCUCCUCUCUGCCAAUCAGACCUUGCGGCGACUUCACAACCGGAGGACCCUGUCCAUGUUCUUUCCAAUGAAGUCAACCCAGGGGUCUGUGGAGGAGCAAGAGGAACUAGAAGAGCCUGUCUAUGAGGAGCCAGUGUAUGAGGAAGUGGGAGACUUCCCUGAACUGACCAAAGACACCUCUACCUCCUUCUCCACCAUGAGAGAUCAGACAACCAACCCAGAGACCCCCCUCACCAGCCAGAGGUCCUUUGAUCAACCCCUUUUCCUCAAGGCAGGUGCCCCGGGGCCAGAGGAAAGGCCACCUGAGCCCCCUCCAGGCCCCCCUUCAAAGAGCAGCCUCCAGGCACGUGGGUCCCUGGAGGAGCAGCUGCUCCAGGAGCUUAACAGCCUCAUCCUGAGGAAGGGAGAAACCACCAUAGGUCUGGGCAGCCCCUCCCAGCCCUCCAGCCCCCAGUCCCCGAGCCCCAAUGGCCUUCUGACACAGACACCUAACUUCCCCACCCAACCUUCCUGCACUUCUAGUUCACCCUCCAGCCAACCCCUCACAUGACCCUAAGACCAGCAGUCUGAAGGGAUAAGUAACCAGAAGACCUAAGUUCUCACCAUGGCAGACACUGCUGGGAGCUUCCUCUGCUCUGGAUGAAAAGACUCUAGAAUCCAGUGUGGUGCUGCGGAAAGACCACAGGACUCGGGGUUCUGGACUCUCCUGCCCAGAGAGGGUCAGAACAUGGCCCUCGCUGAACCUCCACUCAUUAUAUGUACCAUGACGUCACUGAAAUAAGGAGAGCAGUGAACAUCAAACUGUUUCUUAGAGGUGUAAGCCCCACAUAUUUUCCCUCAUCAAGGAUAACUCCUCCUUUAUAUAUUUGAUAUGUAGGAGUCCUGUGAGAGAUUUUGGGUUUGAAAACAAUGGGUUUAUUGCAUUAAAGAGAAAAAGGAUUUGUAAGCCAGAGAGCUGAAUCAUCUCUAAGUCUAUUCUAUCCCACCUCCUACAUUUGGGAACUACACUGAAGACCUAGAGUUGGGAGACUGGGGUUGGGAGUUGGGGUGAAGAGGAGCCAAAAAAGAUUUGUCACUGUUAAUAAACCUUGGAACCAAAG